AUGGGUUCCAGAGUCACCCUCACGCCCCUCUCAUCACUGCGAGUCUCAAGACACCUGAUCCCGGCACAUGGCCUACUCCCCAACACGGGCAUCCAGAACAAACCGCUUUUGAUCUACCACGCCGCCUUCCCCCUUGCCGGCGCGUCCGCUAUCGAGGCGCACCUUAACUCCGUCGGGGUGGUAGAGCCGCAGUGGCGGUACACCAUGUACAGCACCAGCCACUUCCACAGCACGACACACGAGGUCCUGUGCAUCAGCAGCGGACGAGCAAGAUUGUGCUUCGGGGGCGAGGACAACGAGGGGCGCGUCGAGCCCCUUGUCGAGAAGGGCGACGUUGUGGUGGUUCCCGCCGGGGUUGCCCACCGCUUGCUGGAGGACUACGACGGGGGAUUCGAAAUGGUUGGGAGUUACCCCAGAGGGUGCCACUGGGAUAUGUGCUAUGGGAAGAAGGGGGAGGAAGCAAAGGUGGAGGGGAUUGGCGGGGUUGCAUGGUUUGCGAAAGACCCGGUAUAUGGCGAUCAUGGGCCGGCGGUCAAAGAGGCUUGA